AGCCGAGGUACGUGUCUGCUACGUAUGAGGCGGUCGGCGCAAUCGCUCGCUAUAUAAAAGACGCCGCUUCGAUAACGCACUCACCGAGACCUGAGAGCGGCCACAGAGAAACUCAACAUGAAGUACUGUAUUCUCUUGGCCUUCUUUGGCGCUGCAAUGGCGCAGAGAAACGCCAUCUGCAGACUGCCGGCGGACGAAGGCAUCUGCCGGGGGCUCAUCCCUCGCUUCUACUUCGACACUGAAACCGGGGAGUGCACCUCGUUCUUCUAUGGCGGCUGCGGGGGAAACGAGAACAACUUUGAGACCAUCGAGGAGUGCGCCAGAACAUGCGCUGAACCUGAAAGACCUAGCGACUUUGAAGGUGCGGACUUCGAGACUGGCUGCAAGCCAGCGGCCGACCGCGGUUCUUGCAACCAACAGUUGGAGCGCUGGUACUACAACGUCCUCUCGGGAGAGUGUGAAACAUUUGUCUACGGAGGCUGCGGCGGCAACGAAAACAAUUACGACAACGUGGCGGAGUGCGAAAUAGCUUGCAAGACCAUGUGUAAACUCAACAUGAAGUAUUGUAUUCUCCUUGCCUUCUUUGGCGCUGCAAUGGCGCAGAGAAACGCCAUCUGCAGACUUCCUGCGGACGAAGGCGUCUGCCGGGCGCUCUUCCGUCACUUCUACUUCAACGCUGAAACCGGGGAGUGCACACCGUUCUUCUAUGGCGGCUGCGGGGGAAACGAGAACAACUUCGAGACCAUCGAUGAGUGCGUCAGAACAUGCGCUAAACCUGAAAGACCUAGCGACUUUGAAGGUGCUGACUUCGAGACUGGUUGCAAGCCGGCGGCCGACCGCGGUUCUUGCAACCAACAGUUGGAGCGCUGGUACUACAACGUUCUCUCGGGAGAGUGUGAAACAUUUGUCUACGGAGGCUGCGGCGGCAACGAAAACAAUUACGACAACGUGGCGGAGUGCGAAAUUGCCUGCAAGACCAUGUAAUCCGCAUUAACGGAGGGUUGCUCAUCAAUAUCGGCAACUCGAGGGUUCUCACACCAUCGGCGACGCCCCAAAAUACAGUUUGUAAAUAAAAUGAUACUGUUAAGUGAGGA